AGUGCCGGCCUGCUUUGAUCUGCGCCAUGGAUCCUAUUCCUGUGACAAUCAUUGCCGGUUCUUUUGCAUGUGGGAAGACUACCCUGUGCAAUCAACUGCUUGGUACGCUCGGCCCAGCGCAGAGAAAUGUGGCAGUGAUCUCUCAUCGUUUUGCAGAAGAGUAUGCCUGUCAGCCUGUGGUGCUUCAUGAAUCUCACUGUGGUUUGCUCGAAGAAGUCUACGACUAUGGUAGCGGCUGCUUGUGUUGCACUCCCGGCGGUGAACUAAACCAACGUCUCAACAACAUGAUGAUGUGGGGUGAACGGUACGACCAUGUGUUGAUUCGCACGGGGCCAGCUGCCGAUCCCUUGCUCUUCGCUGACGCCGUGCAGCGGAGCAGCGCCUAUCGUAUUUCCGGCCUUGUGACAGUGGUUGACUCUGCCAUGCUUUGCUUUUCAGAGCAGCUCGUGUCUGGAUCUUCCUUGGAGCAGCUGCGUGCCGCAGAUGUGCUGCUGUUGCGAUCAUCCAAGGUCGGAGAAGAUGUAGAAGCCGCCCGGGAGGAACUCCAGAAACUCUUGCGAAUGCAGGACAUUGACGCACCUGUUCUUCUUUGGAACGCUCCGAUUGAUAGAAGUGUUGCUAUGUCGUUGUUGUAUUGUCGUCCGGAUGGCCGGGAAUACAUUUGCAAACCUUCCAGUUUGGUGCCGAACCUGGCGGGAAACCUGGGAACAAUCCAUGACACCAACUUCAAAGCCAUUCAGAUUGUGGAGAACGGAACCGCAGAUAUGCAAGCAUCGCUGAAAUGGACUGCGAGCCUACUAAGUCAGGGAUUCUGUGUGCGAAUGAAGGCUUUGCUGCCAGUGCAGACUGAGAAUGGCCUAUGCACGUUGUUGGUGAAUGCAACACGUGGGCACAUUCUGGAGCAAACACUUGUGAUAGAGCCGCCAACACAAAUUCUGAUGGGGGAUCUGAAGAUGUUGGUGGGCAAUAUCGGUCAGCUUGAUGGCGUGGAUCCAGAAAAACCAUUGUGCAGGAUGUUUCUGCUGUUAGGACCACCAAUGGCCAAAGGAUUGGGGGACUUGGAUGAGCUCCUCAAGUCCAUGCCGUCCAGCGUUGAUUUGGCUGACAGCUUUCUAUCUGUCUUGACCGCCUGACUACUGGGAUGUCAAGAAUUGUCAACGUAGAUAGCCUGGAUCUCAUGCCCUAAAGCCUCAAGGCAUUUGGGGCUGAGUUAUGUACAAAAUGACAUCCGCAACUGGCGCAAAGGUUUUCCAGUCUCUGAAGGAGAUGCUUCCCCUUGCGGCCAACUUGCAGUUUCUUCGCACAGCGACAAUUGACAAGAAAA